AUACAUAUUCCAAACGUGGUAUAGACUGGUGCGCUCCGAAUAUAACAACGUCUAGAAUACAACCGAUAAAUUUACACAAUGAUAUCAAGUGUUUAUCAUGACAUCUAGGACUACGAAGAACCCAGAUGUCCGAUUAAAUUUAACAGUUCAAGAUUGGAUGCAAGCUAUUCGUAAACCUACCCCAUACCGAGUUGGUAGCAGUGUUACUCUAAAUACAAAUAUGAUACGUCUAGGAAUUGUCAUUGCCAUUGCUUUUGUGAUAUUUUUCGUUGUAUUGCCUGUGUACACAAAUGAUUCUUGUGGUAUAGAUAAGUAUUCGAAGGACUUAAAAUACAAUAAUACCUAUCCCUUGUCCAAAACUAUUACAUUAGCUGAUGGGUCUUUCAGAUUCCGUAUAGCUGUUGUUACCGAUUUAGAUACAGAGUCUAAAAGUAUAAACGAAAAGAGUACGUGGUAUAGUUAUUACAGAAAAGGCUAUUUAAUUUGGAACCCGUCAAAAAAUACUGCUAAAAUUGAAUGGGAUCAAGAAACAAAAAAAUUGAUAUCAAAUGUUGCAGCCAAGGGCCGUUCCAUGGAAUUAUCUGAGCUAAUUGUUUUCAAUGGCAAACUCUAUACUGUGGAUGACCGAACGGGAAUUGUUUAUCAAAUUUCAGAAGAAAACCAAGUUAUACCUUGGGUUAUUCUGAGUAACGGUGAUGGAAAACAGGUCCAAGGUUUCAAGAGCGAAUGGGCAACAGUAAAAGAUGAAAGACUAUAUAUUGGGGGUUUAGGAAAGGAGUGGACAACACAAACAGGUCAAUUUGUUAACACUUAUCCUCAAUGGAUUAAAUCAAUAGGGCCUAAUGGAGAUAUAAAACAUUUGGAUUGGUCCGAGAACUAUAACAAGCUAAGAGAAGUUGCAGGCUUUGAAAGUCCUGGCUAUAUGAUUCAUGAAUCAGCUUAUUGGAGUGAUAUUCAUAAAAAAUGGAUAUUUCUACCAAGGAGAGCAAGUAAAGAGAAAUAUGAUGAAACCUUAGAUGAGAAUAGGGGUACUAACCUUCUAUUUCUAGCUGACGAAGAGUUUAAGAAUAUUCAUUACCAAAGAGUAGGACCUCUGAAUCCGUCUAGGGGAUUUUCUUCUUUCAAAUUUAUCCCAGGAACAAAUAACAGAGUCAUUGUAGCUUUGAAAAGUGAAGAGCGAAAUGAGAAACCUGUGGCUUCUUACAUAACUAUAUUUACUAUAACUGGUAAUGUACUCUUGGCAGAAGAACCUUUAGAGGGAGCUUUUAAGUUUGAAGGAAUCGAAUUUAUUUAA